AUGGCGUCUAAUACUGCAGAGACGGGCAAGCCGUCCAAACCUACCGUAGAGGACAUUCCCGAAUCACCCACCACAGCGCGUCCCCUCGAGAUGGAUGACGAUGACGUCCAGGACACGAGCAUUGUUGCCAUCGACGGAACGGCCACACCUACGAAAGCUGGCGCUGCCGCGAAACCAACAGUCAGCGCAGGUCAAACUUCCGUGAGCCAGACUUCUGCCGCCGAAGCUCAAACACAGGCUACUGCGGAAUCUGAAGUUGCGCCUGCGAAGCCCCCCCGGCCCGUGUCGGAAGCUCAGAAGAGUGAAACUAUACUCAAAGAAGCUUUCCCAUCGGUGGACUCGGGCGUGAUCAGGGCUGUACUGAGAGCUAGCGGCGGCAAAGUUGAGCCAGCAUUUAAUGCGUUGCUGGAAAUGACUGACCCAGACGCCGCCAAAAACGAACCCGAGGAGCAGCCGCCAGCUCAGCCUCCUCGCCCUCACGGACAGGCUCCCAUCUCGCAGGUCGAGGCUGACGAGCUUUAUGCGCGUCAGCUAGCUGAGCACUACGACAACGUCGGCGCAUAUGAGGCCCGCACCUCGAGUCUGAAUCGCAACGGCCGAUCGCGCAACCCUGAGGAAGACGACCGCGAGCACAGCUUUCUAGACGACGAUCUUCCCGUCAUUCGGGAGAAUCUACGCAAGGGGUUCAUCGACACGCAAACAAAGGUCAAUGGAUGGAUUGCCGGGAUAAGAAAGAAGCUGGAAGACAGCUUCGACGAGACUGAAGAGAGGACACAGAGCGAAGGCCAGCCUUUUCGACGCCAAGGCGAGGCCAGUCGUCGCAGCGGCGACUACGAUCGCUAUGACGCAGACCCGCAGGUUCUCAGUGACGACUUUGCUGGCAUGCGAUUUUCAUCAGAUGGCCACCCCACCAACCACCCGCUAUCAAACCAGGGUCUGCAUCGACCUCCUCCGCCGUCAAAAUCACCUAGACCUGAUGGUCGAAGAGUCGGGUUCAAGGAAGGUCACGAGGAGAUUAACAUGUACGACUCGUCACCCAAAGUGCCACCCAAGGACAACGCGGCGGCGGCCAGCAAGGCUAGCAAGUGGCAGCCCUUGUCAAGUGUCGAGCCCGAGCCGAUCACCGACAAUGAUCCUUUCAGUCUGGGUGACAGCGAGGACGAGAAGGAGACCAAAGAGUCCAAGCCCAAAGAUACCAAGGAUGACAAGGAUAACAGUGCGGUUAAGGCCGACCAUUCGGCGCAGCGCUUGAAGAAGGCAACCGCUGAGGCCAUGGCGGAUAGCCUAGGGGAGCCAACCAAGGCAGAAGUGACGGCUAACAAGAAGAAUUGA